AUGCCAUUAAUUACACCACUUAGUCAACUCACACCCGAGCAAGUGAAAGAGGUCCGCGAUGCAUUUGAAAUAUUUGACAAGAACAAGGAUGGAACCAUUUCUCGGGACGAGUUAGGGCAAGUAAUGCGACAGCUGGGUCUGACACCUUCUGAGACUCAGAUCAUGGACAUUAUCGAUAGCGCAGACAUUGAUAAAAACGGUGUGAUUGAUAUUAACGAGUUUAUCAAUUUGAUGCCUGCAUUUACUGGAGGAGCCAGUUUCCGUGAGGGUGGCGGCAAUAACAGUAGUAACAGCAGUAACAGUUAUAACAGUGGCAGUAGAGGUGGUAGUGGCCGCGGCAGUAACCAAAGUAAUCCUAACAGUGCUCAGGAAGAAGAAGACGAGCUACGCCGAGCUUUCCAAGAAUUUGACGUGAAUGGCGAUGGAUACAUUUCUGCAAAGGAGCUACUGACUAUCAUGAAGACUGUGGGCGAGACGUUGACAGAAGAUGAGGUGAAGGCCAUGAUUCGUGAGGUGGAUAAUAACGAUGACGGUCAGAUUGAUUAUAUUGAGUUUUGCAAGUUGUACCGUGGAAGGUAA